AUAUAAAUGCGACGAUUGCGUUCAUACACAGAUAACUAGGUACCAGUAUUUACUAGUGCAGUAAAAUGCUACGAGCUUUGGCGGUUUCAUCAUUCUGUGCUGUGACAUUAUCGUUUAGACCGAAUAUUAUUACAACACAAUACUAGUGUGUUCAAUCGAAACAUCGCGUUCGAUCAAUACAAUUUCUCCGUUAACACAAUAACAUGUACUAUCAGAUCUUAACCGUAAUGCUGUUAGCACUCGGCAAUCAUGUACAACCUACCGACGGUGCUAACAUUUUGGCUUUUUUCCCGUUGCCGAUCUACAGCCAUUUUUCCGGAUUCAAUCCAUUGUUUUUAGAAUUGGCGGACCGGGGACACCGUGUAACCGUCGUCAGCCCUUUUCAACCGAAAGGGACCGUACCGUCGACUUACAAACACGUAUCUAUUACGAACGUGAGAAUUCCUAGGCGUACCAAUCUGUUAGACAUUCCAAAAUCGUAUCGAAUAACGAACAUGAUCAACGUCAGAAAGACUAUGAUGGAGAUGGUCAGGCGGACAUUGGUACUGAAAGAUACGCAAGCAUUCCUGAAUGAUACGCGUAACGCUUUUGAUCUGGUGUUGAGCGAAUGCUGGUACAGCGACGCAUUUCUCGCGGUCGGUCACAGGUAUUCCGCACCGGUCAUGUGCCUGAGUCCGAUGAUGCCAUCGGCCACCUUAUGCGCGGCCCUGGGCUCGCCGAACAACCCGUCGUUCGUGCCGUCAUUCUGGCUGCACUACUCGGACGCGAUGCGUUUCUCAGAACGGCUGUUCAACGCGGUCAUCACGGCCGCAGAGAUGCUGCUGUCCGGCGUCGUAUACCGAGACGUGGAUCAGGAGAUGGCGGACGCCUUAUUCACGUAUCCCGGCCACGAGCACCGGCCGCCGAUGGACGAACUGCGUGGAGCUGUGGCCGUCACGCUGAUCAACAGCCAUCACUCCGUGUCGUACCCCAGACCGUAUCCACCGGGGUUCGUGUCCGUGGCCGGUAUGCACAUGCGGCCGAAAAAGGAAUCGGCUGUCAAAGUUGAACCGGAAUUCAAAAUGCUUCUUGACAGCGCCAUCGAUGGAAUUAUUUAUUUUAGCUUCGGGUCGAACAUCAAAAUGUCGGAUCUACCGGAGCACUACGUUAGAAUGUUUGUCGAAUCGUUUAGAAAACUUCCGCAAAAAGUGUUGUGGAAAUGGGAAAACGGUUCUAUCGACAAUGCGCCUGAUAACGUGUACGUAGCAAGUUGGUUCCCGCAACAGUACAUCCUAAGUCACGAGAAUUGUAAACUAUUCAUCACACAUGGUGGCUAUCACAGUCUUGUGGAAGCAUUACACGCCGGUGUGCCGUUAAUCGGAUUUCCGUUCUUUACCGAUCAGUAUUACAAUAUGAGAUUUGUGGUGGAAAACGGUUUCGGGAUCGAGAUCAUGCUGAAUGAUCUACGGGAAAACGUACUUGACGAUGCGAUUGGAAGCAUUAUGUUCGAUUCAAGUUACAAGGAACACGCCCGGAGAGCUUCGGAGAUCUUUUUGGAUUUGCCCUCUUCCGCACUAGACACCGCAGUUUAUUGGGUUGAAUAUGUAAUUCGAAACGGCCCUGAUUUCAAAUUAUCAUUACAGUCUCACCGUUUAAAUUGGUAUCAAUAUUUUCUACUCGACGUUAUAGUUUCGAUCAUUGUUAUUUUAGUGUCAACUGCGUUUUUCUUUUACGCAUUAAUCAAAUUUAUUUGUAAAAGAUAUUUUAACAGUAGUUUCAAAAUUGAGAAAUUGAACUGAAUAAACCAAUUUAAAAAUACAUUGUAAAUCGCUAUUUAAGUUAUAUUUUAUUUAAUUCUCUGGGAAGAAUACCCACUAGGAAAAUGUUGGUAUUCGGAAAUAACAAUUCAACCAAUUUAUAUACAAAUUAUAUAAAUUAUGAAAUAAUCGUUGUUUUCCUGAGAAUGCUUCUAUAUACUUCAACAAGUAACUGUUCAACAGAAAGAUUAUUUUCUACUCUAUAAUGCGUCAAAACUUAUUUAAGAUUUUAAGAUCAUUGAAAGUUAUUGGCACUCCUCAAGAUCGAAGGUGAUUUAACAAAAACCAUUAAUUUUAAUGACAUUAUUGAAUUUUUUGCUUUUAAAAAGUCAAGAAAAAAAUUAUAAGU